AUGCCACAAGACCUGCCUCCCGAAGUCCUCUUACAGAUUCUAACGCCAGCACUCUCUGUGACGGGCGACCUGUUUGCGGAGUCGACGAGAUCUGGGACGUGGGCGCGCUACGGGGAGUCGCCAUCGGCCUAUCUUCUGGUGUGCAAUGCGUGGUACCGGGUCGGAGCGCCGUUACUCUAUAGCGUUGUCGUCCUCCGGUCGAAGCCACAAGCAGCCGCGCUGGCACACGCAGUAGUCAGCAACAAAGAGCUGGGCCCGCAUAUCAAGCGGCUGCGGGUGGAGGGCGGGUACGGCGCAUCGAUGGAGAAGGUGCUCCUCUCGGCAAAAAACAUCGUGGCCUUGUUCCUCUGCUUCAACCACAUCCAUGGGACCGAUAGCACCGAGGGGCUGUGUAGGGGCCUGUCGCACAUCAAUCCCGCGACGCUCAUUGUGGACGACGAUGGGCAGCGGCGGAAUAAGCAUCUCACGGCGCUGACAAAUGCCAUCGUGGAGACGAUCCCGCGGUGGGAGAAACUGACAUGCUUCGAUAUCACCCACUUCUACCAACUUGAAAUGGACCGCCAGCACACUCUGACAGCCCGCAUCAGCACCAUCUCAGCGUCAAUCAAUGCCGCCCGCCGCCUUCGAACCCUCGUCCUCGCCGAGCACCAGUGGGCCGAUGCGGCAUACGACCUCUUCCAGGACUGCCCGCUGCACACGCUCCGAGUGAAGCGGCCGAUUCUGCCGAGCAAGGAUCCGGAGUUGCAGGGGCUUCGGGUCAAGUUAGAACGCAACGGGGGAGUGUUGCUGAGGACCUUGUUUUUUCGAAACGACCGCGCUGAACCCGAUGUUCCUGCCCAAACGGUGUUCUCGCUUAAUCCGCAUUUUGUCCCAAUGGCGAAUGAAUCUUCCGAUGUCCAAGAAAUGGUUUGGUCCCAUGUGCUUUCGUUUGUUUUUACUGCAGGAUGGGGGAGCUUGAGGCCGCUCCUGGUAUGCAAGAUGUUUAUGGAAGCCGGCCUUCCUCACCUGUAUACUCGAAUCACCCUCCCGACUCGCCAGCAUGUCUAUGCGCUUGCUCGCUCCGUUCAAGCUCACGCCGAAUAUGGCGCAUAUAUCCGCGAGCUAACACUGACGCUGUCUACCACUGGCAGACCCUGGGCCGUCCAGGAGCUAUUUCGCAUGUCGGACGACGAAGCCUCCGUGUACAACGCCAGUCUGCAGUACAUCCUCGCUCGCUGUCUCAGGCUCGAGACUUUCGCCUCGGUGGGGCACACAGGUCACGCCGUACGCUGGGAUCACAUCGCCACGAUUACCGCGACCUCUAACACGAGCAUGCGCGAACUGAUUGUAAACGUGACGGAGGAACCCGAGGCAGUGAUCCGUGAUGUCGCCCUGGUUUUUGACAUGCUGAGCAACCUCCACGCGCUGGAAUUGCGGUGCAAGAACGUCCUCCUGCCAAGUGACUCGGACCCGUUGGCUCCGCCAAGGUUCACGCAACUAACGCAGUUGACAUUGGACUUUCCGCAGCAGCCGCUGACGGGGCGGUUCAUGAAGUGCGAGUUUCCUGUCCUCCGCCGGCUGAUACUCGGCCGCGGCGUCGAUCCAGCCCAGCUCUCACAACUUGUCGUGUCCGGCCCACAUAUAGACUUCCUCUCUAUUGCAGCUGAGACGCUUAUCAUACCUGGGUUGGGCUUCGGCACGGCCAAGGCAACAAUCCUUCACUCGUGUCCGAAGCUCGCGGAGCUGGUCGUCAGCGCGACGCACUCACCCCUCCAGGCAUACACCCUCCCCGCUUUCCUGCCGCAGCCCGGAACGGCGCAUACAUGUCUUGCGAUACUCCGGAUAGAAAUGCCGUUGGAUAGGGGAUAUGCGGAACGAAUGUGCAAAGAAUUCCUCCAACCAUUCGCCACCCGGGUUUGCCCCCAGCUCCCGGGCCUCCGCGAGGUGGCGCUCAGCGAACCUGUCACAUGGCCAACGACUGAGCGCGAGAUAGACAACAGUGUGUGGGUACAAACCGCAGAGAUGCUCCUUGCCGUCGGCGUGGAAGUGUCUGACAGUGCCAAGGUGCGCUGGCGCAAGCGUCUCGGCCCUAGCACUCGAGAAAUGCGGACGCCAAAGAGGGGAAGGAGAACGGCAGUGCCGGCUGUCAAUGAUGCAAUGGAGAUUGACUGA